AUGACCCUGGAUGAACUCACCAAUGCUCUUCCAAUUGGCAAUGCAAAAGCCCCCUUUGUCUAUCGCCUGAUGAGGAUUCUAAUCCGGUCAGGCUUCUUCAUCGAGGCAAAAAUUAGUCAGCACGAUGAUGAGGAAGGGUUGAAUUCUUUGGUGGAUGUUGGAGGUGGUACUGGAACUUUGGCUAAGGAAACUGCUGAUGCUUUUCUUGACUUGAACUGUAUUGUUACCGAUCUUCCUCAUGUGGUUGAUGGCUUGGUAGCGAAUAACAAGAGUUUAGCCUUUGUUGGAGGAGAUAUGUUUGUAGCUAUUCCUCCUGCAGAUGAUGUUAUAAUGAAGGGAAACAAUGAAAUGAGAAGGCAGGCUUCAUGCAUUGACUAG